UGUUGUCAUAUCGCGAAUCCUUGUAUUGAAUCGAUCGUGAGUUUAUUUGACAGACAUGUCUUUUUCAAAAGCGCCCUUAAAGAGAUUCAACGAUUAUGUUGGUUGUGCCCCGCCCCCGGGGUCCUACGAGAUUAAACCGGGGGAGAUGAAGGGAGCUACGUCCUUCCAGAAAUCGGAAAGGUUCAAAUCUGCCCAGGCAGUUCCUCCGCCGUCACCUUCCAGAAGUGUCCUUAUAUCAAACGUCCGGAAGACAUCAUUUGAUGACAUUGCUGAUGGAUCAAGUGUGAAGAGAGAAAAGACUGGCAUCGUCAUGGAAAUGAAACAGCAGAGGCUGUUGGAGAAAGAGAUACGGUCCCUUGUGCAGCAACGAGGGGAGCAGGAUAAACGCUUGCUGGCCCUGGAGGAGGAACUGAAGAAGUUGGAUGCCAAGUUGCUGGUAGCAGUCAGGGAGAAGAUUGGCCUUUCUGCCAGUGUCACCACCCUGGAUAGACAGCUGUCAGAGCUCAAGAAAAUUAAUGAGCUUCUCAAAAACAAGGUUUCUGCCGACACUACAAAAAAGAAGAUAUGCUCUCUCACAAUGGAACUUAUGGAGGCAAGGAAUCAGUUGGAUGUCAAAAAUAAGGAGUUAAGUUUUCUGCAUAUUAAUUCUGAAGGCCAACUGAAGGUGUUGGAAACAGACCUAAAAGCUGCCAAGGCUACCGUAACAUCUCUUAAGGACAGGAACAAGGACUUGGAGGAAAUGUACCAGGUGACCAAAACACAGAAUGAAGAGCUUGUGCUUCAGAUAAAUGAGCUGCAUGUUGUGAUCCGUGAACUGAGAGAGGAGAUCAAAGUUCUGCAGCACUACCUAGACACUGCCAACGAUGAAAUACAGGAUCUGCGCUUGAAGCUACAAGAGAAGACCAAGUUUGAGCACACUGUGGCAGAUUCUCAGCAGGAGAAAGUCAGUCAACAAGAGAAAGAAAUGCAGCAGUUCCUGGCUGAGUUAGAGCACUCCCAAGAUGUCCUGAGGCAAAAGGACGAGCAGUCAGAAAAAUACCAGCAAGAGCUACAGGCAUCUCACAAGGCUUUACAAGAGAUGGAGAACAGACUAGAGAACUGUGAGCUGGAGCUGAAGUCUACGCUAAAAACACUGAGUGAGAGAGAGGAGCAGAUAAAGCAGUCCAGCCAAGAUGUGCAGGACUCUCAGUGUACAGUGCAUCAACAGGAGGUGGAGCUGGCUCGGCUGAGGGGGGUCCUGAGGAGGACAGAGCAAGAGCUUGAUGAGAGAGUGGCUCAACUUGAAGAGAGAUGCCUGAUUGUCGAGGAAGAGAGAAGAAAAACUCAGGAGGAGGGAUGUAGGAGAGUCGAGGAGUUUAAGAAAGAGCUGAAUUCUCUUGAAAAUGUUAAGAGGGAAGAGAAAAAGAAACACAUCCAGCUUCAGCAAGAACAUGAAACUCUUACUGAAGAAUUGCAGAAAGAGAAGGCUCUGGUGGACUCCAUGUCGGUGUUGCUGAAACAGGAGAGGGAGGAGUAUGAAGAACGCUUGAGCCAGCUGAAGGAUGAGAUGGAGGAAGUGUUGGGGGAGCUGGCUGCCAUGGAAGAGCAGGAGCAGAAGAAGCAGGAGCCAGAGGUGAAGAGCCAGGAGGCACUCCAAUGCCUGCAACAGGAAAAUGAAGCGCUGAUGGAAAAGUUGAGUGAGGCCAGGAUAUUGCUGGACAGUAAAGGCAAUGAGGUAGCAGCAGUGGGAAACCACCUGGCAACUAUAAGAAAACUUGAGGAGCAUGCAAACUCCCUGACUAAGAUAGGAGACCUUGCUACAGAGCUUGAAAGCACUCAACAUGCCCUGAGGGUUGCCGAAGGAAGAGGGAGCGAAACGGAGGCAGAGGUGGAGAACAUGAUCCAGCGGGUGAAAGAAGAAAUGGAACAAGUUAUUCAGCAGAAAGAGGAAGAAAUGAAGGGGUUGAAGGAGCACCAGGAGAGACUCAUCGCUGCCCAGCAGGCACAGGAGAAAACAAGAGAGGAGCAUUCACGAAUGCUCCUGGAGUUGCAGACUAGCCUCGCUCAAAAAGAUGAGGAGAUUAAAGCCUUGGAAGGAAGCUGUAUGGCCACGAUCAAGCAACUACAGGAGGAGGUAAAGCUUUACAGACAAGAAAAAGAUGAGGCACUUGAAAAAUUAGAGGAGCAUGGAGGCCAGAUUUUUUCCCAGCACAAGAAAGAAGAGGCCCAGAGACUGCUGGAUAAGGCCAGAGAAGAGGAACAGGAGACACUAAAACAACUUCCACAAGAAAGGAAAGCAUCCCAACAGGGCAGGGCAGAGGUGUUGAGGCUCCAGACCCACGUAGAGAAGACAGAGGGAGAAAUGAAGACCCUCAUUUCCCAAGUAGUACUCACUAACCAAGACAAGCUAACUCUUCAGAAUCCGAUAAAAACUGCCGAGGACAACAGACGACUCCAGUCUGAACUGAAGCGAAUUGAGCAACAACAUGUUCAUUUGCAGACCCAAGUAGAGCUUUUGGAGGGGGAGAGGAUGGUUCUUAAGCGGGAGAUAGAGGAACAAAAACAUGAUAGAAAGGCUCUGCAGGAGCAAGUAGACGUGUUGGCUCAGGAGAAGGUCACCCUGCAGUGGGAGAUGGAGGAGCAGAGACAGGAACUCCAAAGAAGACUAAUGGAAGCAAAGGAAAAAAGCAUUUCAGGUUCAGAGACUGAACAUUGGAAGAGACAGUAUGAGGAGCUGUUUGCUAAAGUCAAGCCCUUCCAGGAGCAGCUCAAUGGGUUUGCAGCAGAGCGAGAAGCACUGCUUAGUGAGAACGGAGCAAACAAGGAGGAGCUGAACAAGUUGGUUGAUGCCUACACCAGUCUGCUGGGCCAUCAGAACAUGAAGCAGAAGAUCAAACAUGUGGUGAAACUCAAAAAUGAAAACAUCGCUCUCAAACAGGAACUGGUAAAGUUACGAUCCCAGCUGACUCAUCAAAAGAAAGACAUAGAGCAGCUGAAAUUGAAGUUUCCUGGAGCUCCUCGCCAUAGGUUUGAUCUCAGCAAGGCCUUCCAACAUGACUGCAAAGAAAACAGGCAGCCGCAGUCUCCAGCUGUCCUCCAAGAGGGAAACCAUUAGGUGUGGCUGGACUCCUCUGCUGGAUGGGAAUUGACCAUUUCUGUGGCACAUUGUAUUGCCUAAUUAAUUGUUUGACGGUAUUGCUGGCCAUUGUAUGUAAAGUUU